CUGGAGAGGCGGGUAACGUUAUAGUUUUUGUCAGAAGUUGGGGUCUCCGUGAGCAUUGCGAUCCGUCCCAGGCAGUGCCCCAAGGGGUAGGAGAGUGAACGGCGGCGGUGGGUGCUGAUGGUGAUGUCUGCUCCCAGGAUUAGGAGGCCAGAAGGAGAUACCUUCCACGGUGCUAGGCUGAGAUGGAUCCUCUCAGGGCCCAACAGCUGGCUGCGGAGCUGGAGGUGGAGAUGAUGGCCGAUAUGUACAACAGAAUGACCAGUGCCUGCCACCGGAAGUGUGUGCCUCCUCACUACAAGGAAGCAGAGCUCUCCAAGGGCGAGUCUGUGUGCCUGGACCGAUGUGUCUCUAAGUACUUGGACAUCCAUGAGCGAAUGGGCAAAAAGUUGACAGAGUUGUCUAUGCAGGAUGAAGAGCUGAUGAAGAGGGUGCAGCAGAGCUCUGGGCCCGCAUGAGGUCCGUGUCAGCAUACACCCUGGGGUACACCCCACCCCUUCCCACUUUAAUAAAAGUGCUCCCUGUUGGGUGUCAUCUGUGAGGACUGCCAGGCCUAAGCUCUCUGUAGCGAGUCUUCAAGAUCCUGGAGUGGUAGCGCUGUCCCCUGGUGAAGGAGUAUUUGUCACACUGGAAUGUGACUGUGUGUGUAUGUAUGUAUGUAUAUAUAUAUAUUAAAACAAGUUUGUUGACACCUA